GUAGAAGGGAAAUCAGGUCUGUGCCAUGCUGUUUAAGGGUUCUGAAUUUGAAUUUGUGAAACAAUGUCCUAAGAUAUAAUUGUACUUGGGGCAUGGGGUAAAUCCUUAAAUGGCAUCCUGUAAAAGGGCAGUGGUUGUUCCUCUGGGAAUCAGUUAAAAAAAAUUUCUGAAGGGAAAGAAAGACUGGUAGAUUCACUUAAGUUGACUUUUGUGGCUGACAAAAGUAUUUAUUUUGGCUUGCAUUGUUUGAGGUGCUUGUGUAAACUUAGUUGUGCAAAGCAACCUGGUUGAAAAUGAAAAAAUCCCAAUCAGACCUCAUGGAAUUGGUUUAUCAGCUUGAAUCUUGGAGAUCUUUUUGAUGGGACUCAUAAUUCUUCGAUCAUAAGUGGUCCACUGAAUCCUGCUUGCCGGUUUUGUUAAUGAGGACAGUAAAUCUGCCCAUAGGGGGCUAACAGGUUCUAUUGUACCAAGGGCAUCAAUGGUAUGUCUGUCCAUAGGGGGCUAACAAGUUACAGUGCAUCAAUUGACUAUUUCGGUUAAUAUUGAUGUGAAUAAUUUUAGUAAUUCAGUAGUGAGUCGAUCAGGACAUGUAUGUCAUUCAUCUUUGGUACAGGUAAUAUACUCCCUAUGAAGUUAUUUUGAAUAGAAAGUGAAUGUUCUUUUCAAUAUGCAUAACUGAGCAGUUUUACAUUCUUAUGCAUUCUUGUGGUUGAAAUAACAGAUUGUGACUUUCCAGGGAAGAGAUUGCAUUACAUGGAAGACAUGGUUUUGCAUUUUAGUACCAAUACAACAAUCUCUCAUUAUACCACCUGCACAUUCCUGUGGCCUAUCAACAUUACAACUCUCUCUGCCUCUAGCUCUUUCAUUAAGUGUGCACAUGGUAUCUACUAUUUUAUUUUGAAGGAAAGCUUGGGGAUUGCACAAAUCUUUGACUUGCUUGUACCUUAAUUUCCUUGUAGAUUGAAUAACGAACAGAAUACUACCUUGACUCUGAUUUCAUGACAGGUUAUGCGCAUUUUUUAGUGCAUUUAUCAUAUAGGGAUGAUAUGCAGGGGAUCACAGGGAAUAUAUAUAUAUUGUUCUAUUAACUUGGAUUAGUACCCUGAUUAAUCAAAUGCUAGGUCCUUUAGCUUGUAUGAUUUAUUAUAUUGCAAAACCUUAGAUGCAGUCAACUGGGUGUGGUUUAUCAGAAGCUAUGAUCUGGAAAACUGUGAUCUGAUGAUCAAAUUUCUUUCUCCUUGUUCUGAGUUGUCAAGGGUCAGCCAAUGCAUAUGUAUGGAUGAAGGCGACUCAUUGGGGGUUUGGGAAAAGAGAUAAUCUGAGCCUCUGACCUUUUUUGUUGGUUGGGUAAGAUUUGUGAACCCGGAACCACGGCAUGAAUGGACAAGUAAUAACGAAACCCUCUAUUAAAAGUCAUGAAGCCUCCAUGAAGUACAUCUAUUGCAUCAACUCUCUCUAUCUUGGGUUCACACAGUCUAAUCUGAUAUCAUUUGUUAGCAAUCUAUCCAAAAGAAAAAACCUUAAAUAUUUAAAGGCCCUUUCCAAGGUCAUAAGUCCAACAGUCGCACAUUAUCCCACCAAUGUGGGACUAAACCCGCCAAUCCCUCCCCAAAAUUCCUAGUUGGAGAAAGGUUUCCGGCACUGUCAAUGCUGGAGCCAUUCUUUAUCACAAUUGAAAAUUUCAUCUGGGAUCUCAAUUUGAUUUAGGGACCUAAAUCUCAACUUGAGUAGAAGAUAUAGUCCACACUAAGGCAGCAGGCCAAUGUAUUAUAAUCCAUGAAUGGUGGUGGUGCUUAAGACACCAUGCAACUUAACCAUAUAUAAUUUUGUCGUUUUGAUGCAAUCAUUGAAUCAAUGGUCAACAGUCAACCACAUCUAGAGGGGGGUGCACCAGCUGUAAUUGUAUGAGAAGGUGAGGCAAUCCAACUGCCAAUGAAAGAGUCAAACCAUCAUCACCCACAGUUUUAGGGGAAUUAACAACCCUAAACCAACCCCUUACCCCCAAAUGGGUAAAAAAACAAAAGAACACAUUAAGAAGAGAGAGAGAGAGAGAGAGAGAGAGAGAGAGAGAGAGAGAGAAAGGUUGAGAGUUGAGACCCAGAGAAGUAGAGGAACGACUUUCCUCUCUCUCUCUCUUUGAUCUCUGAAUAACAGAAAAGUAUAUUCAAUAAUUUAUAUUGAAUACAAAAGAAAUAAAACACUUUUCCCUUUCUCCUUCUUCUUGGCUUUGAUGAAAGUGUUUGCCUCUCCUUGAAGAACCAAAACUUUUCUUUGUUCUUAAUCUCAUCUUCUUGUUUUUGUGAUUAUGAGUAAGAAACGUUCCAAUUCAUCUCCUCAGUUGAUCCCUCCAUCGGCUUCUGGUUUCGUUUGCCAUGAAGAGCACACUUUAGAAGGUGUUGCAACAAAUAUUAAGCUGCUAUUGAAAUUAGUCCAAGAUCAUAAUGAGGUUGGUAAUAGAGAGGAUGGAAGGAGAAUGCAAAGAGUUGCAGGUAUGAUGACAAUCCUUGAUGAUGUUAAACAUCGGAUCCAGAAAUCAGAGUCUUUCGGAAAGAAGAGGGAAGCUGAGCUGCGGCGGUGCAGUACUGAAAUUCGCCGGACUGAUGCAGAAGUCAAGUAUAGUCAUAUACCAAAGGACAAAAGGCCACCACCACCGGAACCGAUAACCAAUGAAGAACAAAGGCUACGGAAGGAGCUUAGCGCGAGCUUGGCAGCCCGGAAGAGCCUUGAAAGGAUGUUCUCAAGCUUAGGGAAGGAGAAGGAGAUAAUGGUUGCUGAACUAGCUAGAAAGGUCCAAGAAUUGAAUGAUACAGAGGAACAUCUUAAUGAUCUUAGAGCACAGAAUGAGAAGUUAUUGGCAAAGGUGAAGCUUUGUGCUGCCGAGCACAAGGAGGGUUGUGGUGGAGUAGGAGAAGCUCAAAUUAAUGCAACUCUCCAAGAGAGAAACAAGACUCUUUCAGAACAGCUCCUCAAGUCCCUGGACGGGUAUCGAUCAUUGAAGAGGAAGUUAAGGGAUGCACAAGAGGAGAACACAACACUUCAUGCAAAGAUGUCUGAGAUAACUGUAGAUGUUAGAGCAGGCCUUAACAAGAUUCAUGAGUUUCAACAUCGCAUCACCGAGGAGAAGGAACAACCGGCGGAGAUUGAGGAGGAGCUCUUAGCAUUGGAACAUAUGUUUCAAUGUUUUGAGAUGAAAGUUUCAACAGAUUGCCAGAAGAGAGGGGAAUGUGUUAUGCCCAAAACUGAAAUUAAUGCCAGAAAUCCUUCGGUUCUUGCCUGAUCAGCAAGUGAGUAGAGAGGUGUAAUAGUACUAGUACUAGUCCAUUAUCUCAUAUAUCAUCCCUUGUCAUCAGGAUUUCUUCUUUGAUCAGCCAAGGCCUCCCAAAACACAGCUUUGCUGUUUGGGAUUGUUGUCAUUAUUAUUAAUAGGUUAACAAAUUGUAAUGUAUCCAAUUAAAAGUUAAAACCAACAUGCUUUUACUCA